GGCGGCGCGGCGGUGAUAGCGGAGUCGAGCAGCAGCCGCCGUCGAGUUAACAGCAGAGAAAAGACAGGCCCCGCACAUCCAACAUGGGUGACGAAGGAAAGUUAUUUGUCGGCGGCCUCAACUUCGAGACGGACGAGCAGGCCCUGGAAGAGGUGUUCUGCAAGUACGGGCAGAUCAACGAGGUCCGCGUCAUCAAGGACCGAGAUACCCAGUCGUCCCGAGGCUUCGGUUUCAUUACCUUCGAGAACCCGGGCGAUGCCCGCGACGCCAUGCAGGCAAUGAACGGCAAGUCCCUGGACGGUCGCACCAUCCGGGUGGACCACGCCGAGAAAAAAUCGGGCGGUGGUGGAGGCGGCGGCUACGGCGGCGGCGGACGAAGCUACGGCCGAGGGCGAGGCACAGGCAGCGCUGGAGGCUACGGCUACCGGCAGUACGACACGAGGGACAGCUACUACCAGCGCGGCGAAGGCUACUCUCGGGGCCGAGGCUACGGAAACCGCAGCACGUACCAAUGACCGGAGCUGUGCGCCCGGCCUCGUCUCAGAGGCCCCAUUUCCUCUCCUUAGUCAUUCCCCUGCAGGGGGGAGGAGCGGGGAGGCGGAGGGCCCCCGUCCACGAGUCCCGUUAGAUAAAGGCCACUUUCCCCCCUCCCUCUCGCUGUGACGGACUGCCCCCGGCGGCGCCCUCCCUCUCUCUCCCUCCUCCGCCCCACCCCUCCCUUUGUUCGUCGCGAAGUUUUAUGGUUUAAAAUUAUCACUCGGUUUGUGACUUAAAAGGCAUUUUUUUUACUUUGGAUCGAAUGGGCGGAGGUCGGCGGUGGGUUGGGCGGGCGCAAUCAUCCUGCGGCUCGCAGCCGCCGGGUCUCUCCCGAUGCUGAAAAUUCGUCGUUUGAGAAGCAAACUCCCGCUCUCUCCCCCGGGCUCGGGGUGGGAGGGUGGCUCCUUUAAUUUUGGGCAACUUGUUUUGACGGAAGCUGAACACACGUUUUGUACGAAACUGUCUUUGCAAAAAGUGAGAAUAUUAAAAAGUGGAAUUGAA